GGUAGGUAGGCCUGCUCUGGUCACCACCAACCAGAACGAACAAAAAAACUCCCCACCCCAGUUGAUUAAACAUCCUUUCUCUCUUCUCAAUCCGAACCAGAAUUCUUUGCUGGUUCAUCCAUUGGCAUUAACCAUGCCCAUGCCGGUGCCGCUUGAAGAAAACUUCAACGACAACACCACCUCUGGCGGCAUCAUCAAAGAAGAUGGCGUUGCGGCUAAAGAAUCGGCAUUCAUUCCCACUGCCGAUACGGGUACGGCUACCACCGUCGUUCCAUCAAUGAAUAAAAAUGGGAAGAUGAACAUUAAUAACAACCGUAAUAAGGAGGAGGAGGAGGAGGAGAAGAAGAAGAAGAAACGCCCCUUGGGCUUCUUCAGAGCUGCAUUAAUGUUGCUGCGAUCUGAUUCCAAGUCCAAGAAAAAACCACCGCCCGCUCCAGACGUAGUGGACCCUGAUGAUAGGAUCCACUCCAAGACGAAGUGGGAGAAGAUGGUGGGAUCGAUGAGGCCGUUGCAUCUGCAGGACAACCGCUCCCUCUCCCCCGCUUCACCCCCCCGGCCAGGGGUUGAAAGUUUGGAGUCGGAGGAUCUGAUUUAUAACAACAGCAGCGCCAUGAUGAGCAUCCAUCAGUACCAGCCCUCCUCCCCAUCACCAUCCACCGUCUCCUCCGGUGGCACCAUGAGCCAAUACGCUUCCGCUAGCAAUCUCCAAGAACUCGAACAAGACUACUACCAGGGUAAUGAUGACGAUGAUCCUGAUGAGGUUUUUGAUGCUCUGUGCGGGGAUGAAAUGAUCGACGCCAAGGCCGAGGAGUUCAUCGCUCAGUUUUACCAACAAAUGAAGCUUCAGCAAAUCAAUUGACGACAUUCACCAAUCACCACCGCUGCGAUCCCAUAAAUGUCAAUCGUAUUGAUGCUGCAGGCGUCAGGUGCCCCAAUAAAAGGAUAUUCACCACUCCCUGUUUCUGCUCCCCACACACACACACACACAUUGAUUUCAUUUUUUCCAUGCAUUUUCCCUCGAGUCUUUUAACUUAGCUUUUUCAUGGGUGUAAUUAAUGUUGCAUAGGCCGACAGAUUUAUAGCUUCUUCAGUUCUAAAUCACUUAUUAAUGAAGAAAAAAAAACGCAAUGUAACUGCGAAUUACGCAGAUCG